GAGGACGCGUCAAAUUAAUUCCAGCAGACUCCGGACUCCCCGGGAUAACUUCAAUUUGCAUUUAUCGGAUGAAGAUCACUUCGCUGCCAUUGUGCCUCGCUGUCACCGGCUUCCAGCAACAGAAGGGGGGAAACACGCGGCCGCCGGAGGAGACUUUACUGAACUUCACUUCUCCCUCUUCGGGGGCUCGAUCCUCUUCUUUCCCAUUCCCUCUCCUGCUUCGCUCGGACGCAAUCUGCCAUUUGAAGGGGCUCCUAUAUUUCCCCAGCAUCUCGAAACAUAUAGGCAAAUGGAGCAAACCUAUGGAGAGGUGAACCAGCUCGGCGGCGUGUUUGUGAACGGGCGACCCCUGCCCAACGCCAUACGUCUGCGGAUAGUGGAGCUGGCCCAGCUGGGGAUCAGACCCUGCGACAUCAGCCGGCAGCUCCGAGUGUCCCACGGCUGCGUGAGCAAAAUCCUGGCCCGGUACAACGAGACGGGCUCCAUCUUACCCGGUGCCAUCGGCGGGAGCAAGCCGCGGGUCACGACGCCCAACGUGGUGAAAAAUAUCAGGGAAUACAAACAGAACGACCCCGGGAUCUUUGCCUGGGAGAUCCGGGACAGGCUCUUGGCAGACGGGGUUUGUGAUAAAUACAACGUGCCGUCGGUCAGCUCGAUCAGCAGGAUUUUACGCAACAAGAUCGGGAAUCUGUCGCAGCCGAACCAGUACGAGAGCAGCAAGCAAGCCUCGGCGCAGGCCGGCCUCUCCUACAACCACAUCUACCCCUACUCCUACCCCAACGCCAUGUCGCCCACCGGCACGAAAAUGGGCAGCCCCCCUGGAGUACCGGUCACGGCCGGGCAUGUGAGCAUAUCCCGGGCCUGGCCCUCCGCGCACACCGUCAGCAACAUCCUGGGAAUACGAGCCUUCAUGGAUCCCACAGCGAUUGCUGGGACUGAAGGAUAUGCACCGAAAAUGGAGGAGUGGAGCAGCGUCAACAGAGCAGCUUUCCCCGCGGCGCACACGGUCAACGGCAUCGACAAGUCCGCCAUUGAGCCCGACAUAAAGUAUGCCCAGCCUUCCUCCACGCUGUCCGGCUACGUCUCGGCGUGCGCGUACUCCCCAACCAACCAGUACGGCGUGUACAGCGGGCCCGCGGGGGGAUACGUGGCUCCGGGUCACCACCACUGGCAGCCGCAGAGCCCGGCCCUGUCUCACCCGGGCAGCGGGAUGAGCAUGCACGCGGGGGAGAUCCACUCCCCGAUGGCCUUCAAGCACCAGGCCCGAGAAGGAGACAGAAAGCCGCCCAGUCCCCUGAGCAAACAGCAGCAACAUGAAGACCUGAGCAGCGUGCACGGACUCAGUCUCCCUACCUCAUCAUCAUAACCCGGACUUAUUUCAGCUUCAUUACCCGACACCCCCCUCUUUUAACUGAACUCAUUUCAACGACUCCCAACAGUAAGUCUUGAGCGGCUUGUUUGUGCGUGACAGGCGGACGCGCACAGCUCGGCUCCAUCGGUCUGUGUGGCCAUUUGAAUGUAAGCGCGCAUGGAUGUAUCGGUGUUCCUCACUGGUUGAUAGGUUGUUUUAUUUCUUUCUUUUUCUUUCCAGUUGCUAUAUCAUCUAAUGGAGACUGCAGGAUUGUAAAUCCACUCUCUCACUGAUGUUUAAUUCUGAACAGAACAGAGGCUCCUCUGUAAUUUGCCAUAUAUUUUAGGUUAGAUGACCAUAAUUUGCGCCCUGAUCUCGAUUCUGCAGUGGCUCAACGAUGUGAACAAAAUUAUAUAAAUUGUCUAAAUGUAAAAUAUUUGCCAAAGCUUUAAUUAUAUAUUUUUAUAAUUCCAUUGUAAAUAUUCCCAAAUAAAGGAUUUCUUAAAUGCCA